AUGACAGACGCCAUGCAGCCCGCAGCAGAUCAACAUUCACCACAACAACCACCACCAACCUCACAGCCCCCCGUACCCGCGGACCGCAACCGGCACUCGUCCGUCGACUUCUCCACCGCCCUCUCCAUCUGGCGUGACAUCAACCUCACCGACCUCCAAUCCUCCCUCGCCGCAACCGCUCCAGCCCUCCUCGACGCGCAAAAGGCUGCCGUCGUCAACCGCAAGAAGCUCGCAGAACAGACCCGCGACUUUAAAAAGCAGCCCGACGACGCAAAGCUAGACGCCAUCAAGCCCCUCCUCAAGGCCUACCAGGCAGAGAUCGACACCCUCACAAAGCGCUCAAAGCUCGCCGAAAACGCAUUUCUCAACGCACACUCGGCUCUCGUCGCCGCUCCCGAUCCAUACCCGCUCCUCGAAAUCGUCCUCGACCAGGCCGCCGCCCUCGCCGACCUCGACUCCGCAAAGGCCGAAAACGUCCGCCUGCGCCGAGAAAACGCCGAGCUCAAGGCGAGCGCAGCCAGGCGCAGCGACGGCGAGCACGAGGCAAAGCGGCUGCAGCAGCGCGUGGACCAGCUCGAGUCCGAAUCCGAACGGCGGCUCGCCGAACGCACCGACGCCGUCGAAAAGGAGGUCUCGGCGCGCUGGGACGAGCGCAUCCGCAACCUCCAGGAGCGCGAGCGCGACCUCGCCCAGUCGCUGCGCGUCGCCCAGGAGCAGCUCCAGGAGCUCAAGACGCGCGACGAGAGCGCCACCGCCCGCCUCCUCGAGCAGGGGCAGGAGGCCGACGACCGCGAGACGCGCGGCAAGCUCGCGGAAAUCGAGCUCGUCUCGCGCGACCUCGAACGCGCCCAGUCGCGCGUCGAGAGCGUGGAGCGGCGCAACGAGCAGCUCCGCGCCGAGAUCGAGUCGAUCCGCAGCGGCAGGGACGACGACGACCGCGUCGAUCGACUCGCAAAGGAGCUCGCACAGCGCGAAGCCCGCAUCGCGCAGCUCCAGGAGCUCAUCGAGAGCGAGCAGCGGUCGCUCCAGGGCGUGCGGGACCAGGCCGCACGCUCGGCUGACGAGGCCGCCAAGGCGCAGAGGGAUCGCGAGGCCGAGGUCGAGUCGCUCAGGGCCAGACUCGCCCGCUGCGCCGACUACGACGACAUCAAGCGCGAGCUCGACAUUGUCAAGAUGGUCGAGUUCUCCAACGAAUUCGGCGACGAUGACGACGAUGGCGAUGUCAAUGACAACAAUGACGAGAGGGACGCAGGCAACGAGGCCCGGUCGAAUGGCAACGGGCAGGACUGGAACAAGUCGGGCGCCGCCAAGCCGCUCGAGGCGCUGCUGCUCGACAAGAACCGCAAGCUGCAGGAUCAGCUGACGAGCCUGCGCGUGGCCCACAACGAGCUCAGCACCGCCAGCACCGCAUCGAGCGGCGAGCUCGACCGGCUCAAGAGGGAGGUGGCCAGACUGCAGGCGCUCACCGAGAAGCUCGAAAACGACCUCGUCUCGAUCGGCGGUGGCGGCGGCAGAAGCGGUGGCAGCGAAACGCCCGGCGCAGAGCCUGCAGCGGCGAGAUCAGCAUCGGCUUCGGCUGCGAUGAGCGCAGAAGAGGCGCUGGCCGAGAUGGACCGCAUCGCCGCUUCCCCGUCCAGAUCGUCCACACAGCAGCAGCAGCAGUCGCAGUCGCAGCUGGCGACGCAACCUACAAGCGCCGGUGCAACGACUCCCUCGACACCUCGUCAAGCCCCACCGUCCUCGACGCCAUCUUCGGGCGCGGACACGUCGAUCCUGCCCAUCAUCACGUCGCAGCGCGACCGGUUCCGGGCGCGCAACGCCGAGCUGGAAGAGGAGCUGCGCAAGCAGUUUACCACGAUCUCGGAGCUCCGCAACGAGAUCAAGACGCUGCAGGCCGACAACCUGGGCCUGUACGAGAAGCUGCGGUACCUCCAGACGUACGGCGGCGGGGGCAACGGCAGCGGAGGGGCAGAGGGGAGCAACGGGUCGGCGGUGAGGAUCGCCAUGGGCGAGUACCCGCCGCCUCAGCGCGGUGGCGCAGCUGCGGGCGCAGAUCUGAGCGCCGUGGGCGUCGCGAGACGUACGAGCGCCGACGAAAAGUACCGGCUGCGCUACGAGGAGAGCAUGAACCCCUGGGAACGGUUCAAGGGUCGCGAACAAACACGAGCGAUUUCAUCAAUGACGCCACCGGAGCGGCUGCUGCACAUGCUCACCCGACUCGUGCUGAGCCACCGACGUAUGCGCCUCCUCUUUCUCCUCUACGCCUUCUUCCUCCAUGCCAUGGUGUUCGCCAUGCUCUUUGAAAUCGGUCACAGACAACGUGUCGCUGAUGUCAUCCCAACACCGGCCGGGUGA